AAUAUACGAAAGUAUAGAAAUAAAAAAAAAAAACGAAAAACAGAAAAGUGCAAAUAACAACAACAAAAAAUACUUUCGGUGUUUCAAUAAAAAAAAAAACAAAUACAAAUUAUGUCCUCAUGUUAUAGCGGAUUCGAAGAUCGCUCUUUCGAUUUCGAAGAGGAUGACAACUCCUCCUUCGACAGUGGCUAUGAGAAAAGUUUCGAGACAGAGUUUAAUGCCAAACCACGUAAACUGGUGUUCGACAAUGCAGUGGAUUACAGUGGAGCACCUUCGGGUCCUUGCACGGUGGGUGAGGGGGUUUCACCUUUGCAAAGCAGUUUCCUGAAUACCUCCCAUGUUGGCUUGCCGUUAAUCUCGGGACUUUUUGACGGCAGCAGCAACCACAGCAGUCGCAGCGGUCGAACUUUGGUGGAACAUGUUAUUAGCAAGGCCCCUCCGGAAGACAUUGAAUUCUCUCCCAAAUUGGGCACCCAAACCUCUACGCCUACUAAGCGACCGGCCGGUGGAGAAAGCAGCGACGACCAGCCAACUGAACCAAAGCCCAAACGUAAAUAUGCCGUUGGUCAGAACCGCAUGACACGCUCUCGCAGUCCUACGCAAGUGAUGCGUAUCAAAAAGUUUCGGCGCGUAAAGGCCAAUGAUCGAGAACGCAACCGCAUGCACAUGCUCAACGAUGCACUGGAGCGGCUGCGUGUCACCCUGCCCCAGUUGCCAGAGGAAACCAAACUGACAAAAAUCGAAAUUUUACGUUUUGCUCACAAUUACAUUUUCGCCUUAGUGCAGGUGUUGGAAAGUGGAGGCACUCUGAAUUUGGACUUGGAAAAGUUGCAAAAUUUCACAUUGAGUGGAGAGCGCAUAACCAAAGAGCUGUUCGAUGCUCUCUUUGUGAAUCCUCAACCACAUAUGAUGAUGUCGGGCUCUGGCUUUAUGGGAUAUGGUCGUGUGCCUCAUUAUGGCCAGCAUUAUCAGCAACACAUGCCAUUUAAUGGAGCGGCCCCUCCAGGCUAUCAAUUGAACUAUGAUAUGCAUGCAUCUGCCAACAGCCCACAGCCUUCCUGUGCUGCCAAUACGCAUUCAUCAGCACCCGCCGGCUUUACCCCUCAUGAUUUCCUAAACAGCAUGCGCCACUAUAGCUAUCAGCAACAACAACAAACGCAAAUAGGGAAUGGGGAUCGCAAACCAGAUCCUAAUUUCUGCCAACAAAAAUACGAACUAUUUAAGGAUACUUUUGAGGCAGCUGCACAGAUGCACAAGCCGCCAACAUCAUCAUCAACCGGCUCCUCAACGUCGUCGAUGCCCAGCAAUAUCACCGCAGGAUAUGCCAUGAAUGCGGGUCAUGCUGCUGCAACACGUCAUUUGGCCUCAACACAAAUAACCAGUCAGUCGGCCGCAGCUGGCACCCACGCCUUAGCCAAUGGAUAUGCCAUGGAGUCAACGAAUUUCCAUCAAGCGAGCAGUUAUUACACACAAACACCGCCCUGGAAGGAUUUCAAUGAACAGGUAAUCAAUACGGGUCCAUGCAAAGGCUAUGCAGCAGCCUUCUCAGCGGUAUAGCAAAAAUCUUGCAAUUCUCUAUACAAUGGAGGUUUGUCAUCAUUGUGUUUUAGAUUAAUACAGCUUUUAUGAACUAACUUAGAAAUCCUUUCCAUAACCGACUAGUCGUGAUAUAGAAUCUUUAAGGUAAAUUAAGUGCCCGUUUUGGUACUAGACAAUAAUGUUGAAAAGGGCGGAAUCAUACUUGGGCAAUAUAUUGUCUACUCUCAAAACUAAAUAAAUCUGAACAACAAUGCAGGUAUUGAAUAGAAAUAACACACAUAACCAUGUACAUACAUAUAUAGCGCCUGGAUGAGAUCAAGAAGAGCUUUGACAUUGGCUUGAAAAAUCUUAGUUUGACUUAUGUUAUCUUCAAAAUAUUGUGGAAGCAUCCCGGCGGAUACGUUGGUAGUGAGCUCUUCUUACAAGGGUCGUCGAUCCGAGGCUUCGGUCUGCCGCUUCUAUCGUAUUACAAAGGGCUAAACAUUUUUGAACUGCCACUAUAGGUAUCACUUUCUUAAUGAUUUUUUAAAAACAUUGUCUUGAUUCAAAAUGAUUACCUGUUAACCUCAUUUUUCCAAUUUCAUACCAUUGUUAUUGAUUAUGAGCUUAAUGGAUAGUCGAUUUAUAUCGACACAAUAAAUUAUACGCUGUUGAACGAUUUCUUCAACCCUAUCCAAUGUAUAUAUCAACCACAAAAUUAAUUGACCCAAUUAAUUUUUUAAUUGAAACUGCUUCAACCACGAAAAUGAUAGUGCCAACUACAGUUUUUGUAAAAAAAAAUUGCACAUUCAAUUGAAAAUCAUUUUUUUUUUGAAAAUUUCGGUCUGGGAA